AUGGGUGAUCGCGAUAGGGAUAUCGAGGAGGGCAACGAGGCGCUUGAUCCUGAGCUGCUCUACACCAAGGAGUACUGCAUCGGCGGAGGCAGCUUUGGCAAGGUCUACAAGGGAGUCGACAAGCGCACCGGUCACGCCGUCGCCAUCAAGAUUAUCGAUAUCGAGAGCGCCGAGGACGAGGUCGAAGACAUUAUCCAGGAAAUCGCCAUCCUGUCCGAACUGCAGUCACCCUAUGUUACGAAAUACUACGGCUCGUAUGCCAAGGGGGCUGAGCUAUGGAUUGUCAUGGAGUUUUGCUCAGGUGGAAGCUGCGCAGACCUCAUGAAGCCAGGCCUGAUAGGCGAAGACUACAUUGCCAUUGUUAUUCGCGAGCUGCUCCUCGGUCUCGAUUACUUGCACACGGACAAGAAGUUACACCGCGAUGUCAAGGCUGCCAAUGUGCUCCUCAGCUCCAACGGCCAGGUCAAGCUUGCGGAUUUUGGCGUCUCGGGCCAGCUGUCGGCCACCAUGACCAAGAAGAAUACCUUUGUCGGCACUCCUUUCUGGAUGGCCCCCGAGGUUAUCAAGCAGUCUGGCUACGAUCAUAAAGCUGACGUCUGGUCGCUUGGUAUUACGGCGCUGGAGCUUGCCAACGGCGAGCCACCGUAUGCUGAUAUUCAUCCCAUGAAAGUGUUAUUUCUGAUCCCCAAGAACCCUCCACCGCGGCUGGAAGGAAACUUUACAAAAGCGUUCAAAGAUUUCAUCGAGGUGUGUUUGCAGAGGGACCCCAAGGACCGACCCACAGCCAAGGACCUGCUCAAACACCCCUUUAUACGCCGCGCAAAGAAGACGAGCUACCUGACCGAGCUCAUCGAGCGCCACAGUCGGUGGGCCGCGACGCACAAGGGUGACGAUGAUGAGAGUGACCAGGGGGGUGAAGAAUACUACGAGCGCCAACGUGUCGACGAGGACAUGUGGGAUUUUGGCACAGUAAGGCUUGUGGGAGAUCGCGGCGGUGUCGUUCCUCGUCCCGGACUUGGUGCCCUGGACGAGUCUGCCACCAACGCCAGAGCCGCGAGAUCUACGGACAGCAUUGAUGACUAUGGAGAGCGUUCGAGAGACAGCAGUCCGACCAAGAUUCGCGACUUUGGCCGCGACCUCGCCAUUGCUUCCGAUACCCUCAAAGCAGCCAGUGCCAAUACGGGUACCUCUCGACAGGCAUCGCCGCAACGGAAGCCAGUGCCGUCAGUCGCACCCCAGUCGCCGGCCAAGGUGCCUCUUCCAAUGUCGCCAGAGAAGAUGCAAAGAGGAGGAGGUCCAGAGACACCGCGACCUAUCACUCGAUUGAUUCAACCUGUCGUCCCUGUCAGUCAAUCUCCGGACUACGACCGAGAACUGCAGGUUCAGCUACAGAAAGACAUGGGCUUGAUGAGUCUUGGCCCUGUGAUCCAGCCUGCCGAUCUGCAACAUAUUGACGAUUCGACACCGCCGCGACCCCCUCUCCAUGGACCUCGGCCAAAUAACAAAUUUACGCCGAUUGCUCUUCCAGAAAUACCACCAUACCGCGGCAGCCCGCAGCCGCAACCAGCGCCGGUCAGGAUACCGAGCCAACCUCCAGGCGGGCAAUAUCGCCAACCGUCUGGCCAGGCGCCGCCUCCACCGGCCAAGGCAUACGCGCUGCCGUCAAAGACGCAAAUGCCUAUUCCUGAACCCGCGACUCCUUCAUCCUUCCCUCCGCCAGCGCCGUCUAACCCCAAUGGGGAGCUCGAUGCCUUGAACGAUGUCAUUUUCCCUGCACUUGAGGAGGCGCUAAAGAGGAGACAAAUUAGACUGCAACAGGCUUUCCGGCCCCAACAGGGUUCUUCAAGCCCCGUGGCUAUGAACCAGGUGACUCCGAAGCAGCAACGAGCGGAGGCGGCUCACGAGAAGCUGCGGAAGCUCGUAUAUAAGCUCGCUCAUGUGUGCAAAGAAAUCGACCACUAUGACAAGGCGGAGCCAGUGGGUAUGGGCAGGGACGUUGGCACCUUCCUAGAAGGACUUUUGGAGGAAAUCCUCGUCAGGGUUGAACCCCUCGACGAGGAGGAUGUUGCGGCCUGA